UAGAAGCAGAUGCGAGUGCUGAUAACGAAGUUUGACAGUUUGUAGGAAUUCAAAAUCGGCUUUGAUUACCGGUAGAUCGCGAUAAAAAUACUCGUUGGUAUAGCUGGAAUCGUUCAGACCAAUGGAUAACUAUUUCAUAGACCCGCAGCGGCGGCGUGCGAUCAAAGUGUUGUUUCCCAAUCAUCCGUUGACUGUUAAUAGCGAGAGCUUCGGGCUCCGGAACCAGCUCAAGUACAAUGUCGUUGUGGAAAAGAUGGAUCUAGUGAAUCUGAUUCAAAUCCGGCUGACCGAGUGUAAUGACCAAGCCAAAAUGUUCAUUGCCACCAUCGAUAACAACAUGUACGAAAAGAUUCGCCUGGAGCAAUCACUUCACGUUACGUUCCAGGGCUUUAUUGACCACCUGACAAAGAUACUGGACAGUUGCAAGAAGGAAGAAUUACACAUGAGUUUAAUGAAAGACGAUUCCGCGCAGCUGUUGCAGUUUUAUGAAAAGAGCUCGUUCAAGAAUCUCACGCACCUCUUCCUCCAAAUUGAACCUGCUUCUAUGGAAACAAUUCUUUUCCACAUAAAUCUUUCGUUGCUGUCGUUCCAAGAUCAGGUAGCGAACUACGCGACCCAGAUGCAAAAAUACCACCAAGAGCUAGACGGACGGGACGAAAGCAUACACAGACUGCAGGGGGAAAUCCGGGUGCUGAACAACAAACUAAUCGAACAGGAGAAUAUGAUUUUCAGUCGUAACACCGAAGAGAUCAAUCGACUGCAGCAGACGAUUAAGCACAUUAAUGAGUCGAAGGAUUUGGAGGAGAAGCGUUUGAAGGCCGUCAUCUCCAGCAUGCAGGAGAAGAUCGAUCAGCAGAGCAAGGAACUCCUGGCGAAUUCCGAUCGAAUCAUGCAAGAAGUCAAACGGUAUGAAACCCUUCGGGAGGAGAAUCUCAAACUUAAAUCACACAACGGCCAUCUACGAGAGGACAGCGACCGUGUGAAGGCGGAACUACAUUCCUACCAAAGUCGCGAUGGCCGAAACGAAUCCACGAUCGUCGACCUGAGACGGCAACUGAUCGAACUACAGAGUAAGCUGAAAAUUUCCGAGAAGCAAAAGUCUGAACUAGAAGCGGAACUGGAGGCGGAGCGCAACAUUUGCCAGACGAAGAAAAACGCCCUCCAGCUGACAACGGACGAAAUUGCAAACGCCAACAUCAUGAUGUCCAACAUGAGCAAAGAAAUCAUGAAGCUGAAGAGUAAAAUCGAACUGCGGACGGAGAUUGCCAUGAGGCAGGAGAAACUCAUUCAGGAGAAGGAGCGAGAAUACAGCGAACUACAGGAAACCGUGAAACAGAUUCAGCAGGAGCACGUCAAAAAUCGAGCGGCCGCUGAGGAAUAUGCCCAAACUGUUCGGCGAAUCAAGGAGACCUCGGACGCCAUUGAGGAGAAAUACCGGAAAAAAAUCAAUGACCUAAUUGUGAAGGUUUCGCAUAACCAAAACAUGGAACCGGUGUCGAUGUCCAUCUCCCAGGUGCCCAAUCGAUAUCUAAGGCCACAUAAUCGGAUCGAGUAACGCUACACGCAAGCUGCCAAUUGUACAGUCCACUUAACAUAAUUUAUAGCUCAAUAAAAAAAAUACGACCAAAUUCUACCUUA